AUGACGAUUCCACCAAAAACAAAUGCUUUAAACGCUAAUCGUUCUUUAAAUGAAAGUAGCAAUAAAAUGAAAUUUCCUACUUCCUCAUUUUCACCAUCACCUCCUUCGAGCUCAUAUCUCAAUCUGCCACUUGAUCCAAAGAGUUGGAAUUCCGCUCAUGUUGCUACAUAUCUUACUUAUUCAUUACAACUUUAUCCUCCCGAAACCGUAUUUGAUUUAUCUUAUUAUGUUCAAAACGAUCUAAAACUUACAGGACGCAGAUUUUUGAGGCUUGAAGAAGAAAAUUUAAAGCAAGUUGGAUUUAAUGAAUCAUGGAUAAAGCUAAUUUUGUUGAGCGUUAAAGCUUUGAGAAGAGAGCAAUCGAAAGUUAGGAGAGAACAAUUGAAAGAAAAGAUAUCGUUGAAGGGAUGUGGAAUUGUAAGGGAAUCAGAUGAAUUGGAAUGUAAAGAAUUCAAUACAAUAGAAGCAUAUGAAGAUUGCUCACCCAAAAUGUCACCUACAUUAAAUUCCUCUUCAAAUGUUAUGUCUAAUGAUAUUUCAAAAAAAUUACAAAACGCAGCUUUCUCAGACUUGGUUGCUUAUGACAAAGAAUUAAUUAGACAUGAAUUAUUUCAACGAAAUAAUAUUAAAAUGGAACCCGACAAAGAAAUGGAUAUAUCAGUGUCAUUUUCACGAGUAUUAUCGAACGCUUCAGAGUGGGCCAAGAAUGAAAUUUUUGGACGCACAACCUACAUGAGUGGGUUUACGCAAGGUGUCAUGCUUGGAGGAUUUAUUGUAUGGACAUGCAUGAGAGCGAUUAGAUAG